AUGUCGACAAUCACUGCAAGGGUGUCGCAGUCGGCACUCUCCACCUCACCAGAGCGUCAAAGUCUGUCACAACGCGCAUCCACCAGCACCCAACGCGAACCAGAAGCACCCGCCACUUCAGUCGUCGUCCCGUUGCCGCGGUGGAAGGCGACGCUGGUGAUUGUGACGAUCGGAUUGAUGACCAUGAUGAGCACGGUCUUGAGCGGUGUCCUCGCCGUUGCCCUGCCCAAAAUCGCCAAGACUUUAGGCAUCGCAGAGAGUCUUUUGCUAUGGCCCGCCUCGGUAUAUUCUCUGACAUGCGGCUGCACACUACUGCUGUCAGGUAGCCUGGCAGACGUCUUUGGGAGUCGGCUCGUCUAUCUAAUAGGCAGUGCAUUCUCCACUAGCAUGGUCCUCGCCUGCGGUCUCUCCCGAUCAAAUGUGCAGCUGAUUGUUUUCCGAGCUUUACACGGCAUCGCCAUCUCUCUUUGUCUGCCCAGCUCGGUCAGCAUGAUCGCCGGCACUUUCCAGACCGGCCAGCGCAGAAACAUCGCCUUUGCCUGUCUUGGUGGCGCGCAACCAAUGGGUUUUCUAGUAGGGCUGGUCAUUGGGGGCAUCUUGACCGACACCAUCGGCUGGCGACCUGCCUUCUACAUACUCGCAGGCAUCAACGCUGUGGUUUUCUGCACGGCGCUGACCUGUCUUCCAGAGAAGGUUGGUGGCGCUCGGGCCGACGUGCUGCAUCGUUUCAAAACAGAAAUCGACUGGCUCGGCGUCGUGCUCAUAAGUACAUCCCUAGGUCUUCUCUCCUACGUACUGGCAGCAGUCACUGUCCACCUCUCCGCCAUCUCCUCCCCCACCAACAUUGCCCUGCUGAUUCUAGCUGUCCUUCUGUUGCCCGCCUUCUCGAUCUGGGUCCACCACCAAGAGAAAGCCGGCCGUCCCGCUCUCAUCCCGAACUCCAUCUGGCGCAACCCUGUCUUCACCUCACUCUGCAUAACUGCUUUCUUCGCCUGGGCUACCGUGACCGCAAACCAGUACUUUCUCGCGCUCUAUUACCAAAAAGUGCAACUCCUGACAGCAUUCGACACCAGCCUGCGCUUUCUGCCGCUCGUGGUCAGCGGUGUGCUGGCGAAUAUAGCCGCCGGAUCUUUAGUCCGCCGCGUCCGGGCUGACGUAUUGAUUGGGGGCUCCGUGCUCCUCAGCGCCGCCACACCUCUCAUAAUGGCGCUGAUCGAUCCUUCGCUCAGCUACUGGACGGCCGCCUUCACCGCAACUCUGCUCUCACCGAUCUGGGCCGACAUUACCCUCAUCGUGGCAAAUUUGGUGGUCACGCAAAUCUUCCCUUCCUCCACGCAUGGUCUCGCCGGGGGCGUGUCUAAUACGAUGGCACAGGUGGGCACGAGUCUAGGGCUCAAUUUCACCGCUAUCCUCGCGACGGGAGUGACCAUGAGCUUGGCCGAUGUUGAUAAGACAUCACCAUCGGCAUUGGAGAGAGGCUACAGAGCAGCAUUCUGGGCGUCUUUCGCGGCGACAGUACUGAUGCUCGGAGUGACGGGCUGGGGUAUGGGAAGAAUGGGAAAGGUGGGCACUGAAAAGACUAAUUAG